AACACUGAGUGUUGUCUUGUAUUUGAUUUGAAGUCAAACUUAUUAUUUCACAUGGGUUUGUUUACAUCUUGUGGAUAAUCAGAAGUUAAAGUAGUCUUAACAGUUGUUGGAUAUUUUGAUAAUAAAUCAGUGAUACAUAUGUUUUUAAUACAAACCAUUAUAUAUAUGUUUGUUGGUUGUUGGAUGAUUUCUUGAAAAAUGGUUGAGGCUGAGUCCAUUGUGUGAAUAAAAUGUCAUCCUCACUAACAUGAUCACUUUCAUUAAUAGAUCUGUUACAGUUCAUACAGACCUUGGAGACUUGAAGAUAGAACUAUUUUGUGAAUCUUGUCCCAAAACUUGUGAGAACUUUCUGGCUCUUUGUGCCAGUGAUUAUUACAAAGGAUGUUUCUUUCAUAGAAACAUUAAAGGCUUCAUUGUGCAAACAGGAGACCCUACAAAUACUGGCAAAGGUGGCAAUUCAAUUUGGGGAAGGAAGUUUGAAGAUGAAUUUAAAGAAAAUCUUAAGCACGUUGAACGUGGUAUGGUCUCAAUGGCAAACAAUGGUCCCAAUACUAAUGCCAGCCAGUUUUUUAUCACCUACCAGUCACAGCCACAUCUUGAUCUGAAAUAUACUUUGUUUGGCAAAGUGAUUGACGGAUUCGAUACAUUGGAUGAAUUGGAGAAAUUACCUGUAAAUCCUAAGAAUUAUCGACCUCUUACAGACACCAGAAUAAAUGGAGUAACAAUACAUGCUAACCCACUAGCAGGGUAAAGUUGUUUCAGAUUUGGAUUUGCUCAGGUAUUGAUUCAGAUGUAAGGACAUACAUCAUAAACACUCUAUGUGAUGCUGCCAUUGUUUGUAAUAAUAAACAAAUAAUCACACUAUUUUUAC